GUUUCGACCAAGUGAAAAUUACGCUUAUAGCAAAAUCUCUAAUUUAAUUAGUACAUUUGUAAAUUGACAUUACUUUGAUUAAAUUGUUUAAAUAAUUAAACAGAAUUUAUUCGUCUCUUAUAGAAUCAAAGUAAAGCCAAUACGAUAAAAGUUACGUUUAUAUUGCUGAUGAUUAAUGAUACGAAAGUGCAAAUUUACUUUUUCUGUAACGAUUCUUGGAGAACUUUCAAGAAUUUUACGAAUGAACAUUUCUUUUAAAAUUUAAUUUCUUUAUUCUAUUAUGCUACUUUAUGGCUUCGGUAUAUACUAUUACAAAGUAUUGCAUUUUAUUAGCAGAACGGCUGUAAGGGAGAAAUGGUGUAAACAGAAAGAUUUUUCUAACUUUAAUUUUUCGUAAAUAAGUUAAUUUUAAAGAAAAAUUAAUUUAAUAAAUAAUUACGUAUAAUCUAGUUAGAAUUUACAUUACAAGUACAGCUGAUUAUAUUCCAAAGAUUUAAAGUUAACGAGGCUGCUGAAUUUUCAUUAAGUUUCUCCGGGAAAAAAUUGAUUAAGCGUUAAAAAAAUGUCAUUAUCGUUCUUGAUAAUUAUUUAAAGAUAUGAAAGCCUCUUCGGAUGAAUCGUGUAACAAAACCUUGUUAAAAACUUAUUUCACCAAAAGCCUAGAGCUUGAAAGUCAAAGUUCUUGGUUGGUUAACGUACAUUUUAAGCAGGGCAUGUUAUCGAUUUUUCCAAUACUAGGAGGUAACGGCAGAAAAAUACUCCCGACCCCAUCAAGACGUGGAAGUGUUGCUAUUAAAGUGGCUUCCCAUCAUCCAACAGUAAUGCUUCCUUCGGAAGGACAAUGGUCAGCCUAGCGUAAAGUACUGUUUGCUCUGUUGAUCACAGUUGAAAGUAACCAACGAGAAAACUAGCCACGGUAAAAUCUCUUAUUUAACGUUCGUGUAAUAAAAUGUGCACUUUAAAAGUGUUCCUAGUAAUUAUCAACAAGAUUGCGCCAAGUUUAUACUCUCUUUAGUACAUCAGAGGUGAUUAUAAUAAACGUUAUUAUAUCUAGAACUUAGAAUGUUAUUUCUUUUAUACUGGUAUAUUUCAUCACAAAAUUAAUAUAAAAUUAAAAUUAUUCCGUCGACGUUUUUUAAAAAUUCCAUUUAUCAAAAAUAAAAUAUUCUUUAUGCUAGAAAUUGCAUUAUUUCCGACACAUUAAACGUCCAGAGAAUAAUUUGAAUGGAAAUGCCAAAAAGAAUCCAGUCUUCUCGGCUGACUUUAAAAACAGUCGAGAAUAUGUUUUCUUCGGCUUUAACACUUACAAAUGCAAAAAGGUUUUAAGGUGGCAAGCGGCCAAACAUCAGGUAGUAUGGUAGAGAUGCUGCAUGGCCUUCACAUUGCUAAAAGCGUUUCACCAUAUGGAACUUUUCUCAGUGAAUUCUUUAGUCGUUCUGUUUGGAGCUGUCAUUGCAUUGACCUAGUCAAGGAGCUUUAGGUUAGCUAAAAGCUAGAGGAGGAGGCAUAUAUAAUUUUAUGUCUUGAAGCAUGGAAGACAUUAAAGUGUCAUCUCCCAAGACGUUGAAUUGUUUUUGGAUCUCGCACCGAAGAGUAAAAUAAAUGAAAAGUACUCUGCGAGAUAGAAAGAAAUCAAAGUCUCUAGAGAAGCACUAAAAAAUCCUUUUCUUGUUUCGAUACAAAAGAAAAAACCUUAGUGCAACAACUAAAACGUUCUGGCUAGUAAAAAUAUACUAUUAUAAUAUUAAAGAAUAGUUUUAUUUAAGAAAUUUAUUAAAAUAAAAUCCUUUCGAACUUUUUAAGUGAUCGAUCGACACUGAGCAUACGUUUUUAUCUAUUUAUUAAUAGCAGUUGAAUGAUAUUUAUUGGACACAGAAAACAUUCUCGACUAUUUUAUAUAAGCUAUAUUUCACCACAAAUAAUAUAAUAUAGAUAUAGCAAUAUUAGAAAAAAUAUAUCAUUUCGACUUCAACGGGUUAUACGACGAUAUGAUAUGCGCUUGUAAAUCAGAUGGUUUGAAACUUCUAGCUAUCAAAACAAUGGACAUGUUGACCAGAAAACAAGACAUCUGGUGAUUUAGACUAGGACAGCUCCUAUCUUGUGACAAUGCAGCAAUUGCGCAUGCGUCGGCUUUCAGCGCUGAGUUUGUGAAUGUUCUGUGGUCGAACGUGGAGUACAGUCGUGUGUCCAGCGCUGUACUCCACAGCUCCUCUUCAAACCAUGUGCGGGCUUCUUUCCAAUACUGUAGACUAGGACACUGUCUUAUGACUCGGAUAACUGUCGACGAUACAAGACAAUUGAUCGGUGUUCGGCCAGUAUAAACCAGACUUUUUGUGAUAAAUAACUCAAACUAAUGAUCAAAGAACAUGCUUCCUUAUAUUUCUUUGAUAUUUUCAAAUAUUUUCAUCAAAACGCCUAGGUGAUGAGACUUAAUACAACUUUUUGAAAUGUUAUUUAUUUCAAGAACAAAGUUUUCCUUUUGUAUAUUAUUUAUUGUUAGAGUUGUCAGCUUACUUCAGGAUCGAAGAGGACCAUUUUUCAUGUACGAACCUCCAAAUCAUGUUGAGUUUUCCAACACGACGGGCACAGUGAUACCAUGUUCAGCUAGGGCUACUCCUACGGCCAGCAUCAAGUGGACUAUGGUUGACGGGUCUCCUGUAACUGAUAUCCCUGGACUAAGACAUCUACGUCCUGAUGGAUCAUUGGUAUUUCCACCAUUUCGUGCGGAAGAUUUUAGACAAGAUGUCCACGCCGCCAUUUAUAGAUGCGUAGCAACGAAUCCUAUAGGGACUAUUGGCAGCCGAGAUGUAAAAGUCCGAGGAGUCGUGAACCAACAAUAUAUGGUAGAGGUUUAUGACGAAUAUGCUAUUGCCGGAACUACAGCAGUUCUGAGAUGUCAUAUACCAGGGUUUGUGGAAAAUUAUGUUACAGUCACUUCGUGGAUGGAGGAACCGACAUCAAAUGUUAUCCAGCCGUCAAGUGCUCUUGGUGGAAAAUAUCUGACGUUUCCUUGGGGGACUUUGCAUAUCCGAAAUGUUGAAGCCAACUACUCCUAUAGGAACUACAAAUGCCAGACAAGAAAUAGAUUGACUGGAGAAAUAGUGAAUAGUGCUACAACAGGAAGACUUAUUGUAACAGGCGAGUACAAAUUUUUCUUUCACUGGCAGCGGCUCUUUAAAAUAAAAGCAGAGUUAAUUGAACACAGUGUUACAAAUAUCGUAACAUUUUUCAACAAAACAGAAGCAGUUAAAAUUGUUUUUGCUUUUCUUUUCGUAAAUAUGGUAUUUUUUUCUGUAGGUGGAAAAUAUCUGACGUUUCCUUGGGGGACUUUGCAUAUCCGAAAUGUUGAAGCCAACUACUCCUAUAGGAACUACAAAUGCCAGACAAGAAAUAGAUUGACUGGAGAAAUAGUGAAUAGUGCUACAACAGGAAGACUUAUUGUAACAGAUACAAAAAGUAAAUCAAGACCUAGGAUUACCGACUACAGACCUCAAAUUACAGGGAAACAAGAAGAGAGCGUAGCACUACCUUGUGCAGCACAGGGAUUUCCAAUUCCUUCUAUACGUUGGUACAGAUUAGAAAAUGGACAACUUCACAUUAUAACUCUUGGACGUCGAUUUGUUCAAUUAGACGGAACUUUGAUUUUGCAUCAAGCAACUGUAAAGGAUUCUGGAAAAUAUGUUUGCGUUGCUAACAAUAGCUUUGGAGAGGAACGAGAACAUUCCCAACUUCUCAUAACAAAUUCUCUGUCAGCAACCAUAUUACCAAGUUUACAACUAGCACACGUUGGAAAAUCCGCAACAAUCAACUGCAGUAUAUCUGGCCAUCCAAUCCACUCUGUACUUUGGCGAAAAGAUCUAAAUCCCUUGUCACUCAGCAGUAGAGUCAUUUUGGUAUCCAGGGACGUGUUAAAGUUGGAGAGCGUACAAAGAGAAGAUAAAGGAAUGUAUCAAUGCUUCGUCUAUAACGACUUGGAAUCUGCCCAAGGAACGACAGAACUUAACCUUGGAGACGAUACUCCAGAAUUUCAAGAAGUAUUCCCUCCCCAAACGAUUCAACCAGGUCCAUCUCUAUCUCUCAAGUGUGUAGCCACAGGGAAUCCACUUCCCCAAAUUAUUUGGAAAUUGGAUGAUUCUUCCAUCCCAGAAAAUCAUAGAAUUAGAUAUGGCGAUUACGUUACCAAAGAUGGUGCAGUAGUUAGUUAUGUUAAUAUUACCAGCGUACAAACAGAAGAUGGGGGAGAAUAUCAGUGUACUGCUAAUAAUGGAGUUGGAGAAGUCAGUCAUAAAUCAAGAGUAAACGUAUUAGGCCCUCCAGUUGUUAGAAGAAUGAGAAAUCUAACAGUAGUAGCUGGAGAAUCGUUGAAUGUAAGAUGUCCUGUAGGUGGAUAUCCAUUAGAAACCAUUCAUUGGGAAAGAGCUGGAGUAAGAUUACCUUACAAUCACAGACAAAAGGUACACGACAACGGUACUCUAGAAGUACAUCACGUUGAAAGAGCCACAGAUGAAGGACCUUAUACGUGUGUGGCAAGAAAUCGAGAAGGUCAAAGCGCACAGAGUACAGUUCUAGUCAGAGUACAAGUAAAACCCGUCAUCGAGCAAUUUUCCUUUCAGAAAUCCUUAAAGGAAGGAGAAAGAUCUUCCGUUUCGUGUACAGUUGGGAGUGGAGAUUUACCCAUCAAGAUACGCUGGUUUAAAGAUGGACAACCAAUUCCCGAUCACAAAGGGAUUAGAGUCAAUGAAGUGGCUGAUUACUCUUCAACACUUUUAUUUGAAUCUCUAGGAUUAGAUCACAGAGGAAAUUAUACUUGUAUUGCCAGUAACGAAGCCGGCACUGUCAGUCAUACUGCUUCAAUGGUAAUUCAUGUUCCACCACGUUGGGUUAUUGAACCAUCCGAUGCGUCCGUUGUGAAAGGUAAAAGCGUCGUGAUCGACUGCCAAGCUGAAGGAUUUCCACAGCCAAGAGUACGAUGGACGAAAGCAGAUGGAGAUUCACCAAGAGAUUUCAAAUCCAUCGUCAGUAGUCCUCAUCUCCAAGUUUUCGAGAAUGGAUCUCUUGCUAUCCACGAUGUCAAAGAAAUAGAUUCUGGUUAUUAUUUGUGCCAGGCUUCUAACGGCAUAAGUCAUGGAUUGAGCAAAGUCUUGAAACUAAAAGUGCACAGUAAGAAAACAAUUUUCUAUGAAAUUGGUUGGAUGAAUAUAUACGAAUUAUUAGAAACUAUCGUGGCAACUGGCGUUACAUCAGAAGUAUUGAUUCGUCAAGCUGACAGAAGAGAUUCCGCUCUCUUUACAUGCAUUGCUACAAACUCAUUUGGUCGAGAUGAUACCAACAUUCAACUGAUAAUACAAGGAGAUAAGCCAAUUACCGUCACGUGGAUGAAAGAUAAAUUACCUAUUAACCCUCAAGCUGAUACCAGAUACGAAUUAUUAGAAACUAUCGUGGCAACUGGCGUUACAUCAGAAGUAUUGAUUCGUCAAGCUGACAGAAGAGAUUCCGCUCUCUUUACAUGCAUUGCUACAAACUCAUUUGGUCGAGAUGAUACCAACAUUCAACUGAUAAUACAAGAAUCUCCAGAUAGUCCUCAAGACUUCAAAGUAUUGGAAACAUCAAGCCGAAGCGUUAAAUUAACUUGGACAGCUCCAUUCAGUGGAAAUAGCCCUAUAACUCACUACAUUAUCCAAUAUAAGGACGAUACAGGAAAAUGGCAUGGAAAAAUGCCAAAUGUGACCGUUUCCGGGACCGAAAGUACUGCAACUGUUCAAGGUUUAAAACCGGCAAAGAUCUAUUAUUUUCGAAUGUUUGCCGAAAAUAGACUUGGAAAAAGCGAUACAAGUCGGAUUAUAGAAACUCGGACUCAAGAGGAGACACCGGGUGGUCCACCAGUCAAGGUCAAAGCCAUUCCUACAAGUUCACAAUCUAUAAAAGUUACUUGGAAACCUCCUUCACAGGAAUUACAAUACGGGACAAUUAAAGGAUAUUACGUUGGUUAUAAGAUUCGAGGUUCUCCAGAGCCUUUUGUUUACAAAACUAUGGAUGUUGUUGAAGGUUUCAAAGAAGAGAGUCACUUAACUGGAUUAAGACGUUUUACUAAAUAUUCUAUAAUAGUACAAGCUUACAACAAUAAAGGAACUGGCCCACCGUCUGACGAAGAAUACGUUCAAACUUUAGAAAAUGACCCUCCAACGACACCUUCAUUAAAAGAAACCGAUGCGUCAUAUUCCUCUAUACAGUUAUCAUGGGACAAAAACAUCGAUGGAAAUCCAGUUACAGGUUAUUAUCUUAGGCAGAGGCAAGAGAAUAAAAAUUGGGAAGAACUUCAUGUUUCUGGUGAACAUAAUUCUUAUACAGCGUUAAAUUUAGAGUGUGGAAGCCGUUAUCAAUUCUCUUUGGUUGCAUAUAACUCUGCAGGAAAAGGUGAACCUAGCGAUAUAUUAACUGCUAAAACUGAAGGAACUGUUCCUGUAUCACCCGAUAUGGCGACAGCAUUGACUUAUAACUCGACUUCAGCAACUGUCCACAUGAAUAGUUGGCACGAUGGCGGAUGUCCAUUGACAGGUUUUCUAAUUCGAUAUAGACAGAAACACGAAACAAUGUGGAGAGUGAUUGCAGAAAACGUACCAGCUGAACAAAAUCACGUAGAUAUAACUGGUUUAACUCCCAACACUUGGUACGAUGUGUUAAUAAUUGCCGAAAACACAGCAGGAUCGACCGACACCGAAUAUAGUUUUCUAACUUCUCCAAUAUUUGAGUCCAUUACCCCGAAGACAGUCAUCAAUAAAGAUACUAUUCCAUUUUACUUUGAUAUGACGAUAAUACUUCCAGUAUCCGUCUCUCUUAUCGUCAUCAUCAUUGUCCUGAUAGUAGUUUGCCUUGUCGUCAGGAAAAAGAACUCUUCUGAAAGUUCUCACUGCGGUAGCAUGACUUAUGGCACAAGGAAAUCUGGUCAAGAAAUGAUGCCAUUAUCAGACUUAGAAAAGAGGAAGAAGCAUUCUUCUGGAUCCUCUUAUUAUCCAACACCUUAUGCUACUACACAGGUUUCUGGUAGGACAACCGACGAUGGAACGGAUUCGGGUUAUCAUCAGUUGCAGGAGGAACCACUUUAUGCCACAGUUAAAAGAACACCAAGACCACCUCGAUCAGACGCACAUAUUUAUCAAUGCCCUGUAGGAUUUUCUAUGGAUACAGAGUCUUCCUACCGUUCGCAGUCGUCCAUAACAAGAAAAGAACCCGGAAUGAUAGUACAAUUGGACUCGGAUAGAAGAUCUUCAGAUCAGUGGUGGCCAACCUUUAUCUCAGGCGUGCCACAAUGUGAAAUGAAACCAUAUCAAAGUGCCAAAAUUGCCCUGUCACCUCUACCGGAAUAUAGAUGUGGAUUUUCUAAAAAGUCAAGAGAAUCAAAGCCUAUACGAAAUUCUUAAGAGAAAUCUUCAUAUAUUAAUGUGGAAAAAAUAUCAUUCAUGGACAUUUGUGUGUGUUGUUUUACGGGUAUGAGCACAAAGGAAACGUUUCCUAAAUCAUGGACGGAUCGAGAAAGCAAGAUAUAUAAAUAUAUAUAUAUAUAAAUGAAAAUACUUCUGAAUAUUACUUCCGACUUUCCACCGAUUAGAAUUUGAUGGAAGGUUAUAACCCUUAUCUACUUGUCUUCCUUAUCCGUACCUGUUUGUUAAAAAAAUUCUUUGUCGUGAGAAAAAUUUAUACAAAACAAAAAAAUUCGACUUAGUUAGUCGUAUAUAUAUGUAUAUAUACGUCUAAUAUAUGAAGAAAUUAGACGUCUCUCAUACAAAAAUACUUUAGACAUCUUCUGAACUGAUUUUUUAAAAGAAACACGUCUACCUUGUAUAGUUUAUUCCCAACAUGGUUAAAUUAAGAAUUUGGAAGAUUAGUACACCAAGACUUCAAACAUUUCGAGUGCCUUCAUUCUCCUAUAUUGUCCUUAAUAUUAGUAAACAUAUUUAUGAAUGUAGGCAUGAAGGAUCCUUGGUGUAAUUGAGAGCAUGAAUGACCAGAAUUGAGAAGAGGAUGUCUUUAAUUAUUGCUGGGAUCAAUUUAAAAUACAGAUUGUUUAAAAAAUAAA